GUCGGAAGGCGUGGUUUCUUCCAAACCUGUACCACGUUGGAUCAAAAUGGGUCGAGUGAGAACCAAGACUGUAAAGAAAGCCUCUCGUGUAAUAAUAGAGAAAUACUAUACUCGCCUCACUCUUGAUUUUCACACAAACAAGAGGGUAUGUGAGGAAAUUGCAAUCAUACCCACCAAGAGACUGAGGAACAAGAUUGCUGGUUUUGUGACCCAUUUAAUGAAGAGGAUUCAAAAGGGACCAGUUCGUGGUAUUUCUAUCAAACUCCAAGAGGAAGAAAGAGAGAGAAGAGAUAACUAUGUACCCGACGUAUCUGCUUUAGAGAAGGAGAUAUUAGAAGUAGAUCCAGAUACAAAGGAAAUGUUAAAGUUUCUGGAUUUUGGAAGUAUCCCUAAUCUUCAAGUUGUCCAGCCACCAGUUCAUGGGAGCAGUGGCUAUAACAGACGAUGAAGGACGUUGACUCUCUCUUGUUGAUUAAUGAUUCUUUAUUGAUAAUAAUUUAAUAAAUCGCAAUUGCUUUGUCAGUUAUGAUGAAGUAGAUUUUUUGCAAUUUUA